AUGACUUCCAAACGACCGCUCCGAUCACUCGUCUCGACCGCUUCAUCAUCACUCCGGCCCGCGCAAAUAUCCAGAACGUCCUUCGUGCGGUCCUCCGCAUGCGCAUUUUCGAGCACCACCCCAUCGAGGUCCACGGAAUAUGACGCAGAAGCUACACCAGCCGUCGACAGGCCGCGAUGGAAACAGACACCUCCGCGAAUGAUGGCGCCUCACAGGAUACGGCCGAAAGCCAGAGGGGGCGUUUACCAGGUCAAUGAGGACCCGAAAAAGCUGGACGAUGCGUAUAUACGCAUGUUGGGCCCCGGAGGAGACAAGAUACUGGGAGAAGACGUAAAGUGGUUAGCCGUCACACACAAGAGCUUCGACCACGGAAGAAGAGGAUUCAACGACCGAUUAGCAUACUUGGGACGGAGGAUAGUCGAACUACAAACAACACAGGCGCUCAUAAACUCGCCGCAGGAGAAUCAAUGGCCAAGAGAUCCCACUGGUGUACCAAUCAGCGACGAGUUUGGACGCAAACCAUACCUACAUCCCGCCUUGAAUGGGCUGCAAGGCCUGACCGACGAGGCCGAGAGUCUGGUCUUGAGCAAGACACGGCUAGCACCGAUAGCAGAGCGAUACCGUUUGGACAAGGUCACACGGUGGACACCCAAGAGGGCGGACAACCUCCAAGGCUCUGGUUUUGAAACUGUCCUCAUGACUUCUCUAUACGCCAUCGUCGGAGCGGUCGCUCUCGAGCGUGGCGGCGAGGUGGCCAACAAGGUUGUGCAAGAAAAGAUACUCGCACCGCUUGGCUUCAGCUUCUCGCCCGAAUCAUGA